AUGUCUGUGACUGCAAGUCCACCUUCUGUGACUCUUAGCAUCCCCAGCACAUCAAAGAGCCAUGCGAAUUGUCUUAUAUGUAAAAAGCCAGGUCCAAAGCUUAUAGUGGUGACUCAGUAUGCCCGUGUCAGAGCUUUCUUACGAAAAAAAAUGUUUGUUCCUGCCGGCUCUAGAUGUUGCCCAAAACAUAUUGCAGAUAAAGAGUUUACUGACGAUGCACUACAACAAAUGCAGCAAACAAACCCUGACACAAAUAUCAACAGGACAUCCAUUGUAGAACUGCUCCAACAAACUAGGGAAUUCGCUCUACGUAAUGAAAGUAUUAGACUCAACUUUGAUGACGCCAAGAGUAUGGAUAACGAAGAUUAUUAUAAUCUUACUGGGUUGACGAAAGACCAGUUUGAUGAGCUGCUCUCAUACCUGAAAGACGUUGACAUAAGGGCAACCAAGACCAGAAAUAAGGCGUGCUGUAUUGACAGCAAAACAUGCUGUGAUGUUGAACUUUGUUCCACAUCAUUUGGGAUUUCCCACAUUACCCGGGAGGACGUUAAAGAAAACCACACCCGUCCACUUGCAAAAGAGCUGCUCUGUACUGUAACUGAAAAUCUAGUAAUACUAGUACUUGAUGGGACAUAUAUAUACCUACAAAAAAGUGGCAAUUUUACAUUCUCAAGAAGAUCAUUUAGUACUCAUAAACACAGGCCGUUGAUUAAACCUAUGAUAGUGGUUACUACAUCGGGGUACGUUGUUUCGGUGCUUGGGCCAUACCUAGCCGACUCCAAGAAUUCAGAUGCUAAGAUUUUGACGCAUAUGAUAGAAACCAACGUAGAGGAAAUUAAAGAUUGGAUAAAGGAGGAAGACAUAUUCAUUGUCGAUAGAGGGUUUAGGGAUGCAGAAACUCUACUCAACGACAUUGGAAUUCAUGUUGAAAUGCCUUCCUUUCUACCACGUGGAACAAAGCAACACACAACAGAAGAGUCUAAUGCAACACGUUUAGUUACAAAACUACGAUGGGUCGUCGAAAGUGUUAAUGGUAGAAUCAAAACCUGGAAUUACUUGGACAGAACCAUUCCCAAUAGCCAGAUACCACACAUCGGGGACUAUGUUCGGAUUAUUAGUGCCAUCUGCAAUAAAUUCAGGCCUGAUGUUAGUACAGGAUUAGAGAGUGACUUGUCGACAGCUGCGAAGAUGCGUUUUCUCUCCACGGAAGUCAAUGUACUCAAGGAAUAUGUAGAGACAAAUGGUUUAGACAAAAGGGAAGUAAGGUGGCAGAAGAUUGACGCCAGCGACACAAGCAUUGCAUUUCCGCAACUGUCUGAAGAAGAAAUACGCGAAUUAACAAUGGGGGUAUAUGAGAUAAAGCUAGCUAAAUCCUAUGCUCAGGAACAUCUGGAUAAAGAUGGCAACUAUGAAAUUUACGUCAACAAUGACCAUGAUGGAAUUCUACGUGCAAAACUUCAAAGCAGGCAUAUAUCGGCAAAGAAGUAUUUAUUGUGGAUUGGGUUUGAUGAGAUAAAUAUAAAAUCAUGGUUUUGCAAAUGCAAAAUAGGGUCAAGAGUGGUGGGAAUGUGCUCCCACAUCACUAGUGUUAUAUGGUUUUUAUCCUUUGCAAGGCACAGGGAAAACCCAAAGAUUGGAGUUCGCAAUUGUUGCAGUUACGUUGAUGAUGCUGCAGCGCUGCCCGUUGAUGAUUCUGACAGCGACGAAGACAGCCUUGUCGGAAAUGAAGAGGAGUGA